AUUCCCAGCUCUCAUCAAUAAUCAAGUCUUCACAGUGUUUGUGGAGUGCCCCCAAGCCUCUCACCCAAAACCAUGUCAACCAUUUCAUGCCCUCAUGCUCUCAGCCACCACAUGUCUCACUCGGCUGCGAAUUAUUCACUCCAUGUAACGGCGCAGGUGAUGAGGAUCGCAGUAGCCUGGCCUCUCAGGACUCGGGUAUCCCUACCCUUGAGAUCAACCCACCUGAGCACAUUCAUGCUCGGGCCAACACAGCUGAGCUGGUGGUUCCAAAGCCACUUGAUGAUAAUCCAGCAACACUUAACUUGGAUAUUUCAGAUGGCUCCUUACUCAAGUCUUCCACCUUCCCUCGUUGUGACUUUGAUUUAGUACGUCUCUACAGUGCAAGUGGGCUUUCCAGUGCAGCAGGCAAGGGAACAUUGAACCGCAGUGAUGAUAUUUCAGUGUGCAGUGUGUCCAGUUUAAGUACUGAGUUUUCUGCCACAUUGUCAGUCAGUAAUGAGGACUUCCUAGACUUCAUGGUUACAUCCGAGUCCAGCGCCGUUGUUACAUUUGAGAAUGAUGAUGUGUUGCACCGUUCUGAUAAUUCCCUCUCACCCCCUACUAACCUACACGGCAAGCUGAGCAGCCCACAACGGCAGGGAGUGGGUGUCUCUACGCCUCACGAGGCUAGGCCCAAGAAACUGGGACCACUCGCCAACUUCUUCCACAGGAGUCUUUUUGCUAAGAGGAUGAAGGACACGGGUGCACUGGAAGGACAGCAAGAGCCUGGGUGGAAGCUGUUUGGUAAAGUUCCACAUAAAGAAUUUUCAACCAAAGACUCAAGGAAAAUACCAAAGUCUAAAUCAGGAAACCGCAGAGCAGCCGAGCCUACAUCUGCGAGCCCUGCCUUGAGAGCUGAUUCAAGGACAUUGUGUGCCAAAGCAAACAAGCUGGCAGAGAGAAACAUUGCUGCUGGGAAAAGGUACAAGUGGACCACCAUCAACCCUGCAGAGAUGUUCAAAUUCAUUGGAGUUCUAAAGCUCCCAGCAGUGUUCUAA